AUGAUUCGCAUUAGUCUUCCCUUGCGGUUGGCAUGCUUUGCAGUGCCUGCCCCGAGCACGGGUUGCGGGGAUUGCGGCGACUCGCUUCGAGGUAAAGCAUCCCAGACUUCCAAAACAGCGCCGCACAAAGUUUGCGGACUUGUAGUGCUGUUCAGCUAUUGGGCCCGACCGUCACUGAGACGUUUGUACUCGAGACGGUCACGGGUGAAAUGUGGUACCAGGACGGAUGGCAAAGGCGAUGAGACUGCUUGGGUUGCACCUACGGUGCACGCAAAGGGUGCACCUGGUGGAAACUUGGCUCUCGGAGCCAUACAGCACCUGGAAGAUGGAUCAGCUUUGUUGCACGGGCAAGUGUAUGAUGAAGCUAGAAACGGCUGGAGCCCCGUUCUGCUGAAACGCAUCGGCCUCACCGACACCUGGCAGAGCGAGGAGUUGGCUCUGGAGUUGCCUUUUGGCAAGAUUGCGAAGCUAGCAUUACACCGCAAACGCGGGAGUCUUGAAGAAGAGUUGCCUUCUUGGCCGGCAAACCUUCGGAGGUGCUUGGAAGCUUGGCCGUUGAAAGGCCCAGGCAGCGUGAUCCUGGACCCGCACUUCUUCGUGCAGCGCGCGGCUGCCUUGGCGUUGCUUGGGCCAGGACCCGUUCUCUUCCCGAACGGAGCUGCUGCCAUGGCCUUGCCCUCCCUCAGUUGCAUCCAUGCUUUUGAGGAGGAGAUCAAUGGCCGAAGCCUACGAAGCCUCCUCUGUCCUUCCGCUGAGAAUUUGGAAGAGCUCUUAAGUGAAAUGCCCGCGAGUCUCAGCAGCGCGCACUUCGACGUGGCGGCUGCCCUGGGCUCCGAGAAGAUGGCAGGCUUCGUCAUCGUCCUCCAGGAGAAGCCUCUGGGGUUGGAGUGCGAGAGCCUUUCCUGGACCUGCGGGGCUGUGCUGCGCCGAGUUGAGCCCGGCAGUGAGGCUGAGAAGGCAGGGUGUCGUGUGGGUGACCUCAUCGUCAAGGUUGGAGACUCUGAAGUGCUGCAGACACCCUUCGACGACAUUCAGGACAAACUUGCUGGACCUCAUCCGAUCACCCUGACGCUCAGUCGGCCAAAGCUAAGUGACAAGAUCUACUUGCGAGAAGUCCCAGCCGCAGAUGAUGCACUGUCAAGCCUUUCGAGCACGCAGCUGAGCCUGCAAGACUUGGUGCCACGCUUGAGCCAGCAUUUUGGCACAAACUACUUGUACUUCUCGGAGAAGACUCCCAUGCUUUUUGCUGGGGAUGGAGGCACUGCAUCCCAUCUCCACAUCGACCGAAAGCCCUUGGUGCAAUUCUGCCAUGUGCUGCAUGGAACGAAGGUGUUUUGUGUGGCUCCGCCUCCCGGAGCCCAAAACGCGAAGACCCCAGGUCCGUCAGGUCCGGUGGUCCCUUGGGAGACCUUGGAGGCGUCUGCGUCUCACGAAGCCGUGCUCUCCACAGACAUCGAACUGCCGGCAGAGGCUCGCGAGUGGCUGCAACGGAAGGAUGUGAGCUUGGUGCUCCAACGGCCAGGUGAUAUCUUCUUGUUUCUGGGCCACUCCCUCCAUGCAGGUUGCAACGGAGCAUCGAAAGCAUGUGUGGCUGUUUUCCAUGGUGCUCAGCCGAUCUCUUACAUGGCGCAAGGCGCCUUCGGGCCGGCAUAUCAAGUGCUGGCUCGCCAAAUCCUCUCGCGCUAA